AUGACCAAACGAGUUCCAAGCGAUCGCUCUGCGGAAUUAGCACAGGCGAGUGGUUUCUACAAGUCCAAUCUCUUCAAGUUACAAUUGGACGACCUACUUGCAGAUUUGAGACCAAACUAUGAUAAACAAGUCGCAAGGCUCCAGAAUACUCUUCACAAACUGAAAGAAACCAUUGAAAACAUCCCGGAAAGGCCUGCCAAAGCCCCUCUGGAAGCCGAGAAAGAGUUACGCAACACUCAUAGCAUUAUCGUCCCGUACCCUCAGCCUCGUCCUGUCAGAGAUACAAAAUACUCAGUUUCAUAUUUGAAGCCGACAAAUGUCAAUGUUGUGGGAAGCUUUAGCCUGAGGACGGGCGCAAAAUCGGCAGGACCUUUCACGGUCGACCUCGCAGUGACUAUGCCGAAGCUACUUUUCCAGGAAAAGGAUUAUACCAAUCAUAGAUUCUUCCACAAGAGAGCUUACUACAUCGCUUGUCUUGCAGCCGGUAUCAAGGAAACAGAAGGUCAUAAUCUCGAGAUCAAAUUUGGUUUACAAGAUGGGGAUAGUCUUCGCCCUGUGAUUAUUCUCACGCCCACGGAGGCACCCAAAGAUUCCAGAUCUGCGAAACCACAGAUUCGUAUCAUUACGGCAAUUGAAGAUACACUAUUUCCCAUAUCCCGAACUUUACCGAUGAAGAAUAAUAUCCGACAAGGCACAACGGAAACGACGGAGCCUAAAGAAUCCACGCCAUUCUACAAUGCAGCCCUCCGCUCCGAGGCCACGGUGGCACAGUUUCAUAAGUCGCUAUACUCGGCUGCCCGGAAUUGUGAGUCUUUUAGAGACGCUUGUAUCCUUGGUCGAACUUGGCUCCAGCAACGAGGAUUUGGCUCCUCCAUCCAAACUGGUGGAUUCGGAGGAUUCGAGUGGACAGCGCUCAUGUCUCUCUUGUUUGAAGGCGGGGGUCCCAACGGCAAACCAGUCCUUCUUAAAUCAUACAGUAGCUAUCAGCUUUUCAAAGCGACUAUUCAAUUUCUUGCUGGCAAAGACCUGACAAAACCCCUAUUGCUAUCUUGCCAAGAUCUUCAAUCUCCCGGUGAUGGACCUGUGGUCUUCGAUGGCGUGAAGGGUCUGAACGUGCUCUACAAGAUGACACCUUGGUCAUAUGGAUUUCUUCGCCGCGAAGCUGAAACCACCCUGAAAAUGUUGAACGAAUCUCGUGAUGAUAAUUUUGAAAGAGUUUUCAUCUUCAAGGUAAAUGAAUCUCUGUUCAGGUUCGAUCGAAUUGCUACCCUUCCCUUGGUCGAUGGCAGCAAUGUCCUACAAGGGCUGCACAAUCAGCGCACAAUCUACGAGGUGCUGAAAAGGGCUUUGAAUGACCGAGCCGAGCUUAUCUAUCUUUUUGGUAACUGUGUCGACCCUUGGUCCGUCGAGACAAAAGCCCAUCGGAAAGCAGGAGGCGGAAGCCUCCAUGUCGGGUUGUUAUUGAAUGCCGACAAUGCUGCUCGUGUCGUUGAUCAUGGCCCGUCUGCAGAAGAAAAAGAGGAGGCUGCCUCAUUUCGAUCCUUCUGGGGCGAUAAGGCUGAGCUGAGACGCUUCAAAGACGGUAGCAUUAGAGAAAGUUUGGUGUGGACUGACCAACCGCAGUCAUCCUCCAUAGUGCAUCAGAUCCUGAUAUACAUCCUGCAUCGUCAUUUGAAUUGCCGCGAAAACGAGGUAACGUACAUUGGCGAUGAGUAUGACGAGAAGCUUCGCAGCUAUGGAGAUGGAGUACUACUGUACUCCAGCCCACCUUUCCAGACCGUUACCGAUGCCUUCAGUUCCCUGGAGAAAUCAAUACAUAGCAUGGAUGAAGUUCCCCUGACUGUGAGGCAUCUAGCCCCAGCCAGUUCUUUUCUCCGAUAUACAGCUCUUCAUGCCAGGGCGGUUUCCGGUGCUCGACAGGAAUUGGUGAAUGUUGUUCUCCAGUUUGAGAGCUCCAUGCGUUGGCCAGAUGACCUGGGGGCCAUUCAAAUGACAAAAAUCGCUUUUCUCGUUAGGAUAGGAGACUGUCUGACGUCAUCCGGGACUGCUUCAUCCUGCAGAGUGGGACUGGAGAACGAGUCGAGUCCAAUCCUCAACAAUGCUUUCUUAGAAAUUGUCCACGAGUCUGGGGUCACCUUCCACCUACGAAUCCAUCAUGACCGGGAGCAGACCUUAUUGGAACGUCAGCUAAAGGCGAAGAGCCCUCGUUCUCAGGCAAAACAAGAAAUUGCCUAUGCAUUGUCGGAGUAUAAGCGUCAAUUCAUUCACACCCCCCGUUUGACACAGGCGAUCCGUACUUUGUGCACUCGCUUUCCUUUAUUGUCGCCUACCAUUCGUCUCCUGAAACACUGGUUUGAUUGUCACCUUUUUACGGGCCAUGUCAGCGAGGAGCUAGUUGAGUUGUUGGCUGUGCGAACAUUUACCCAACCGUUUCCCUGGGAAACGCCAUCAAGUGUUAUGGUUGGAUUUCUGAGAACGCUUCAUUUGAUCUCGCGAUGGGACUGGCAACAAGAGCCCCUCAUGGUGGAUCUGGGUGGAGCGCUAAGCAAUGAGGUCAUUGAAAUGAUUCGCACUCGCUUUUCCGCUUGGCGCAAUGUCGACCCGGCGCUGAACUCCGUUGCGCUCUUCGUGGCUUCUGACGUUGACCCGGAGGGUGUAACUUGGACUCAGCACGAGAUGCCUCCCAAGGUCGUGGCCGCUCGGAUGUCCACGUUGGCUAAGGCGGCCGUGAAGCUGGUGCGAGAGAAAUCAUCUGCCCUUGACAUAUCGGAUAUUUUCCACACCUCCCUUGCGCCGUAUGAUUUUAUUCUCACCCUGCGGCCGGGGAUCUCGGAGAGUGGUUCAACCCUGCCGACCAAGUACAAGAAUCUACAGAAAGACACGACCCGAGGCAGGAGCAAGGCUGGCGCAGUGAGAUCUCUCGUACGUGACUUGCAAUCCUGCUACAGUCCACAGCUGCACUUUUUUUAUGGUGGCGAACGAGGCGACGUGAUUGCCGGGCUUUGGAACCCCCAAAUCUUGAAAGCCAAAAGUUGGAACCUGAAGAUGGCCUAUUCAACAUCCCCAGUUGUGUCGGAUGACACCGAGAAAACGGGGGAUGAAGUGGAGGUGGUGGUCAAUCGUGCUGCCAUCUUGAACGAAAUUUCCCGCCUCGGCGCCCUUUUGGUGGACAGUGUUGAGGCUGGGCAGCAUUCAGGGUGA